GGAAAACACCCUGCACCAUUUACAGAAACGCAAACAAGGCCUGCGAUCAUCUGCUGACAGAUGCAUUACUGAAAUGGACCCAGAUGCACCUCUGCGGCAGAAAAGAUCUCUGGAUGACUUAGACCAAGAAGAUGAUCGGUUUUUCACCCAACAUCUGUACAUCUUUAUUAGGGCAGGGCAGCUGGCAAAGGCCCAGGAGUUAUGCCAAGCCUGUGGUCAGCCAUGGAGAUCAGCAACUCUUGAGGGCUGGCGCUUGCUUCAUGAUCCAAACUAUUACACAGUAUCAUCAUCUCUAGACAUGGCCCCAGUAGAAGGCAAUCCAUACAGGGAUGUUUGGAAAGCAGUAUGUUGGCGAAUGGCAUCUGAGCCUGACUUUGAUUGCUAUGAAAGAGCUGUCUAUGGUGCCCUCAGUGGAAAUCUUCAUGCUCUUCUACCAGUAAGCUCCUCCUGGAUGGAUUACUUGUGGGCUUACUACAAGGUAAUGGUGGAUAUAAGGGUUGAACAAGAGGUUCGUCUGCAUCAUCACACGGAUCGCACAUUGGAUAGUCUGCCUUCUGAGUUUUACUCUGAUAAACUAUUGGAGCCACAGGAAAUAUUCAAAGACAUUGCAGCAAGCAUAAAUGAGACCGUGAGACUACAGUCAGAAAACUGGUAUCAUGUAAUACAGAAAUAUGUCAUCCUUGGAGACAUACCAGCUCUGAUUGAGGUGAUGUACAGUUGGCUUCAGAAAGACAGGGAUUCAUUACCUGGCCACUUGGUGAGACUGAUGGCCCAUAUUGUGCUUUUCCUCAAAACCAUUGGCCAGUCUUGCAAGGAGGAACUCUGUGAGGCCAUUAUUGAGGCAUAUGUGAGGGACUUGAUCAGAGACAAGAAGAGAAACCUGACUGCAUUCUAUGUGUCUACACUAAGCCAACCUGCCCAAGUACAGUGGUAUGCAACAUUCCUGGAAGAUAUUGAAGACCAAGCUGAACGGAAGCAGUGCUUGGUGUGGGCAGAAGAUGAAGGCCUUGAUGUAGGACUCAUUACCAAAACAGUUGUGGAGAAAGUCAGACUGAGAGAAACUAAAACAAGGCUGCCAGAGAAUAGUCUGGCUCAGGAUCUGACAGUAACAGAGGAAGACAGAACAAAAAUAGAUGCUAUUGAGUGGCUGAUUUUUUACAAGGCUCACAGAUCUGAGGCUCUGAAACAGGCUAAUGCCAUUAUGCGUUCUUUUAUUGUUCUAAAGAAGCAUACUGCAGCCCGCCAAACAUUUGAAAAGUUGCCAUUGGACACCAUUGAUGUAAUAUACAGCCAGUGGCAUUUGAAGACUGGUACUAGUGAGCUGCCUCCAGCUGACAACAAUGCUAUUCGAGAAUACAUGUGCAUUAAAGCAUAUCUGGAUGCAGUGGAGAGUUUCAAUGACUGGUUUAGCUUGUACCACCAAGGCCAGCCGGUGAAGCCAGUUGGAACUGAUGGAGGGACAUUUACUGAUAGAGUUGCCCUAGAGCACAAGAUGAAACAGUACAGGCAUGAGUAUGAAAGGUGGAGACACAAUCUUCUCCUGCAGGCCAGGGCAACAAGAGAUCGAAUUUACAAUGUGCUGCUUUUUGCUGAUGGUGGAUGGCUUGUGGAUACUUCUGAGGAUGCUGAUGAGUCCAGGCGUCAUCAGAUGAGCCAGCUGAGAAAAUUACAUUUGCCUGGUCUGUGCCUGAAUCUGCACACUGUCCUGCACACUACAGGCAUGUAUGCAGAAGCUCUUCAGAUUGCUGACAUUGUGGCCUCAGAACAACAUCAGCUGUAUAAGGAAUUUGACAAGGAAUCCAUGCAGCAUCUACUGACACAAUUCAGCAAAUCAUCUCAUUGUCUUCUAGACGAGAACAAGGAUCCUCUUGGUUAUGAAAUGGUGUAA